CAGUUACACGUAACUGUAUAAAUGCAGCGCAUCCUGCAUCUCGGUUGCAUCAAUCGUGAAAGUGCAUCAAAACAGCUAGCUUCCAAGUACCGUGUCCGAUCCGAUUCCACAAUGAAAUUGCUGUGGUUUGUCGUGUUUCUGCUGGCGCUGGUAUGUGGAGCUUACGGCCAGGAAUGUCCGAAAGGUUUCGAACCACAGCAAGGCCAAUGUGUAAGCCAGCGUCCCAUUCAUGGCGAGUGUCCUGCCAACUCCAAGUACGACCUCAACAAGAACCUGUGCGUUUACACGUAGACUGCGUUGAACUGGAACGCGCCAUUGCGCUUCCUUCCAUCCAUUGGAUGGAGAGGGGCCUUAUGGGAUGUGAUUGAAUAAAUUUACUCGAAACACUCACGAAACUCAAA